AUUGCGCCUUUCCGCAGUCCGCUCGGUACCGGCUCCCGCUCCCGCUCCAGCCUCCGGCGACCCCUGUUUCGACUCCAGCCUCGCCCCACCUCCGGUCGUCUGCCCGCCCCGGUUGCAUCCUCCCUCCCUGCUCCAGCCCGGCGCCAGCUCCUGCUCCAGGAUUCUGUAGCCGGACCCUCAAGCCAUGGCAGGUCCCUUUUCCCGUCUGCUGUCCACCCGCCCAGGGCUCAGGCUGCUGGCCCUGGCCGGAGCUGGGUCUCUAGCGGCUGGGUUUCUGCUCCGCCCGGAACCGGUCCGAGCUGUCAGUGAACGGCGGAGGCUGUAUCCCCCGAGCGCUGAGUACCCAGACCUCCGAAAGCACAACAACUGCAUGGCCAGUCACCUGACCCCAGCAGUCUAUGCCCGGCUCUGCGACAAGACCACACCCACUGGUUGGACGCUAGAUCAAUGUAUCCAGACUGGCGUGGACAACCCCGGCCACCCCUUCAUCAAGACUGUGGGCAUGGUAGCAGGAGAUGAGGAGACCUAUGAGGUAUUUGCUGAACUGUUUGAUCCUGUCAUCCAAGAGAGACACAAUGGAUAUGACCCCAGGACUAUGAAACACACGACUGAUCUGGAUGCCAGCAAGAUCCGUUCUGGCUACUUUGAUGAAAGGUAUGUAUUGUCCUCAAGAGUCAGAACUGGCCGAAGUAUCCGGGGACUCAGUCUGCCUCCAGCCUGCACUCGGGCAGAACGACGAGAGGUCGAACGCGUCGUGGUAGAGGCACUGAGUGGCCUGAAGGGUGACUUGACUGGACGUUAUUAUCGGCUCAGUGAGAUGACAGAGGCUGAGCAGCAGCAGCUUAUUGAUGACCACUUUCUAUUUGAUAAGCCUGUAUCCCCAUUGCUGACUGCAGCAGGAAUGGCUCGAGACUGGCCAGAUGCUCGUGGAAUCUGGCACAACAAUGAGAAGAGCUUCUUGAUCUGGGUGAAUGAGGAGGAUCAUACACGGGUCAUCUCCAUGGAGAAGGGUGGCAACAUGAAGAGAGUGUUUGAAAGAUUCUGCAGAGGCCUCAAAGAGGUAGAACGGCUGAUCCAGGAACGUGGCUGGGAAUUCAUGUGGAACGAGCGUCUGGGAUACAUCUUGACCUGUCCAUCUAACCUGGGCACUGGACUUCGAGCAGGAGUGCACAUCAAACUGCCCCUCCUAAGCAAAGAUAACCGCUUCCCAAAAAUCCUGGAGAACCUAAGACUCCAAAAGCGUGGUACUGGAGGAGUGGACACAGCUGCCACAGGCAGUGUCUUUGACAUCUCUAAUUUGGACCGACUGGGUAAAUCAGAGGUGGAGCUGGUGCAACUGGUCAUCGAUGGAGUAAACUAUUUGAUUGACUGUGAACGGCGUCUGGAGAGAGGCCAGGAUAUCCGCAUCCCUCCACCUCUUAUCCACAGCAAGCAUUAACUCUCCAUCCCAGAAGAUGCCUCAAGAUCCCCAGGACUUCCAUCACUCUAAUGGUGGCCCAUUCUACUUGCCUUUGAUUCCUCUCCCCUUUGUCCCCACCAAUCUGCCUGUGCUAGUAAAGUCUCCUAUGCUAUGCU